AUGACGAAUACUCGCAACCUUAUGACAACAAUAAAUUCAACACAGACCGGUCUGAAGACUAACUCAAGCGCGCCUACUGGCUUCCGUAUCGAAAGCCACAUCAACGAUGCAAGCACUAUCGUUGAGCGGCUGCGUGCGAGUAGCCUUGCCGCUGCUGUUUCCGAAACGAACAUCAAGAGGAAAUCUUCUGCUGAAUGGUGGACCUAUACAUGUCAACGUAUUGAUUCAUUUCAUCAUGGAAAAGUGAAAAGAUGCUCUAUCUCUCCACCGAUUGCGUCCGAUGGUGGGUAUGUUCACAUAACGAUACCGCUAGAAGUUGGCCUGGAAUAUGGGCUUCGUCUCAAGCGUGUUGUCGAAAUGGGACUUGAUAUCCGCAGAGCAGCCAAUCACUCUUCUCCAUACGCCCUAACAUCUCCUUCAGAUAGCCCGAUUCGACGUUUGGGUAUACACAUAUCUGGAACAAUUAUGAAAUGGCCUAGUGGUGGAAGUAAUUUUUUAAGUCGGAAGAUAGUCAGUGGGCUUUUUAAUGAGCAUGAUGAGAAUAUAGAUGGUACCAAUGAAGAAUGUGCGAAAAAUUGGCGCUAUGGCGAUGACGGUGUUCACCUCGCUGGAGGAUGGUGUAGGGAUGGGAUGGUCUUGCUGGAGGGAUGCGUUGUAUCCGCGAUGAGGUUGGCGCCUGAACUUGACGUGAAGAUUCCUUCGGCAUGA